UCUUGCAGGUUUCACUAAAAUCCACGAGAUGGCGUGAAAGUAUGUUGAAAUCGCUAUAUUCUAGCGAAGUCCAACCAUACUAGUUGCAUAGUCAUAGAAAAAGUUUCAGUUUAAAAAUAUUAUGACGGAACAACGGUUCUCCGAGUAGUGUUUUCUGCGAUUACUGUGUUUAUCGUGUGAUUCGAUCAAUUCAAAUGUUGUAAAGAGUCGCUGGAAGUUGAGAAAAUUACCGAUUCGUCAUGCUUGUUUACAAAUGAGCUGUAAUAACUCAUCUCUCUUGCGGUUGUACAACUAUCACAGUAAUACUGUUCCAGACACUUCGGUUUGAGGAACGUUCAAUUCAAAGCGAAACGAGCGAAACCAAGCGAAGUAACUUGACUCUUGCGGCUUUGGCUACGAAUAUCAAUAAAUAUGACUGAUAUUACGAAGCAUAAAAGAAAUCAUCCUUGUCCCACCAGCAAGGCGAUAUGCAAGAUGAUCACCCACCAUAUGUCCGUUACUGAUUCCUUCAUGCAGGAGAACGAUGUGCGUUUGACUGAGGAUCAGCGCAGAAUUGAAGAUCUGUAUCUCCAACUUUCUGAAGCAAAAGACAAGCUUAAUAUCAACAAGAAAGUUCUUGAAGAAAAAGCAAUCAAGUUAAAUAUAGAAAACCAGAAACUUAAAGAAUUAGAGACUGAGAGGGAUAAAAUAAUUAAAACUAAUUACAACCUUGAACGAAAAUGCAAUGAAUUGAGAGUAAUCAAACCUAGCUUGAGAGAUCAGUGCCUUCUGGACCUUGGACAGAAAAAAUUUAACUUGUACAAACAAUUUACAAGGAUACGAUGGGACUACGGUGCACUUGACCAAGCAAGAAAAGGCCUUGUUACAGACAGAAAAAGCUACAUUCACACAUUUUCUUUCCACAAAGAUAUUGGGAGUAACGAGUUGAGCGAUCUUUUAUGGAAAGAAAUACAACUUUCAGUGGACAAAAAUUUCUCCAAGACCGAUGAAGAAAAAGAAAAUAAUUCAGUGAAUAAGUAAGUUCAACAAUUGAUCUACAAUUACAGAAUUAACCAUUGAAUGUGUAUAUCGUGGACAAUAUCACACAAAGUGAUAGUAUGAAAUUGAUUUCAUAAAUAUGAUUAUUGUACAGAUUAUCCUCGUAAAAUAUUGUGUAGAUAAAUCACCUUUCAAUUCACUGGAAUAGAAAACAAUCUGAUAUCCAAAUAGAUUCAAAAUAAUUUAU